AUGCAGCGCCGAUCCAUUCUAGUAUGCUUAGUACUAGUCUUGCUGACAAUACGACUGCUAUCAGUAACACUAACUCCCUGUGACAAACCAGAGGAAAUUUGCAAUGAAAAAAUCUCCAUGUUAAUUUGUGCGAACAAAACUCAACACAGACUUGAAGACAACAAGCUAGAAACAGAAGACAAAAUUCAUGUUGUUCGUGAAGCAAAGAAAAUUGCCAUUAAUUAUGGAAUGGUAAUGGUGACGUUUAUAAACAAAGCAUUUGUUCCUUUUCUCACCAACUGGAUGUGUCAUACUGACAAAAUGAUGAAUUACUCUCAGGUGCUGGUUCUAGUCACGGACAAAUCAGUUUACAGAGACAUUUCCGCCCAAUAUCCAUCGCUAACUGUUGUGUACAUUAGUGUGUUCGAAGAGAUGAACGGCAGACAGAAGUACUGCACUGCAGGCUUCAUGCGCAUCGGUAUAUACAGAACCAGGGUCGUCAACUGGCUUAUACAGGAAAAUAUACCCGUCUUUCUCUUUGAGCUGGAUGCACUGUGGAUCAGCUAUCCCGUACCCUUUGUGACAAGCAAGAAAGAAUACGAUUUGACAAUUAUACCAACGUAUGAGAAAUCUUUCGAAGCAGCGAUCGGGUUUUAUUACAUGAGGAAUACGACUCGGAUGAAGCGGUUCUGGGCGGAGCUCGUGCACCGCCUGGACGCAUUGGAUACCACGUUUUCAUGUUUACACAACGAAGACCUCGUACGAUCCAACCACAACGAUCAGAUUCAGCUGAUGGAACUCAUUCUAGAACAUUACAGAAACAUUGUUAUCUACUUCCUACCACUGAAUAGAUUUCUAGAUGGGAAGUGGUACAAAAACCCAAACACAGAACAACUGAAAAACGCCUUUAUUCUUAACUUCAAUUUCAUUAUUGGGAUUCAAGAAAAGAUAAAAAGAGCAAAACGUUUUGGACAUUGGUUUGUUGCCGACGAUCACGUGACAUGUGUGAGACCAAGCGUCGAAAUGACUUUAAGAAAUCAAAUAAAGAAUAAAAAUAAGAAUUCGGGGUCAAUAAAGUGACUGGACAUAGCUAUGUCGUCACAUCUUAUGAAUAGAAAAUAAAUUCGUGUAAUAACUUUUGAUGAUUACAAUGAAUGCAUUGAUUGUGAAAAACAGUAAAGUCUUUAGAGACUUACAGUGAAUAAUGUGUACGAAAUUGCGGAAAUCAUGAUGAAUUCGCAACAGUCUAAAUUCUAAUUAUGCCUUAAAAAAUUGAAUGUUUUUUAAAUAAAUGACGAAAUCGUGUUUUAAAGUUUAUGAUAAAGCACGUAACAGUUUUAAAUUUAUACAAAAUUAGUUACUUUCCAUACAAGAUCGUACUGGACAAACUUAAAGACAACUUUAUCAUGUAGAAUUAUGGACCUUAUGGGGUUUUUUGCAAAGAGAGGAACGGUACAUCAGCAGAAAAAUUGGAUUUUAUCCAGUUCACCAGAACUUCAGAAGUAGCG